CUGCUGGAGGUGUAAUGGAUGUUAACACUGCCCUGCAAGAAGUGCUGAAGACCGCACUUAUCCACGAUGGCCUAGCUCGUGGUAUUCGUGAAGCAGCCAAAGCCUUGGACAAACGCCAAGCCCAUCUUUGUGUUCUGGCUUCAAAUUGUGAUGAACCCACGUACGUAAAGUUAGUUGAAGCACUUUGUGCAGAACAUCAGAUCAACUUAAUAAAGGUUGAUGACAACAAGAAACUGGGUGAAUGGGUAGGUCUCUGCAAGAUUGACAGAGAAGGAAAACCUCGCAAAGUAGUGGGCUGCAGUUGUGUGGUUGUCAAAGACUACGGCAAGGAAUCUCAGGCCAAAGAUGUCAUCGAAGAGUACUUCAAGUGCAAGAAAUGAACGGAAAAUAAAUUUUGAACUUGACUAGUGU